CUGUUUAUUUAUUGUUAGAAGCGUGACGGCUGGAUAUAAAUUUUCUAAAUUACGACCCCACGGUUCAAAUGUUCUAGGUCCGCCCUUGCAUGGAGCUAUCUCUGUGACUAUGCAUAAUUUUGGAUCUCCCAGAGUUGGGAACAAAAAAUUUGUUGAACUAUAUAACGAGAAAGUCAAAGACAGCUGGAGGGCUGUAAAUCACAGAGAUAUAAUUCCAACAGUUCCACGUUUAAUGGGCUACUGCCAUGUGGCUCAACCUGUUUAUCUCACUGCAGGAUAUCAAAAAAAUGCAAUGGCUAACGUUGAACCAUUAGAAGAUAGCUACCAAGUAGAUGUUAUUGGGGAAGCCACACCUGAUGUUAUUAUGAAAGGCGAGAAGGAAUUUAUUGAGAAAAUAUUGAACACGGAGAUCAAAUUUUUCCGAGCUAUUAGAGAUGGGAGUGCACUGAUGUAGCAUAUGGAGGAUUUCUAUUAUAUUACCCUAUUGGAGAAUGUGAGGUCAAACUGCCAGAACGUUACAAUCACGUGAGAAGAGAAAACUAGCAAUAUUUUUAAAGCUUAUAAUGCCGUCGUACCUCAAAGCAGGGGGGAAUGGGGU